CAUAAUCCACCUCUGUGUUCACUUACUCGCAUGCAUUAGCCUCUGCCGAAAUUCGCUUGAUGCGUUUGUAACUUUGUUGUCCCUGCUGCCCAAUAAUAAACUGCGGUCGAUGCUUCGUAUCGCCUUCUGAGUUCUUACUUCGUUGGGAUUUAAUCAAUAACGGUUAUCAGGGUAAUUAAUAAGUGAGUCCUUAGGAAUUAUCUCAUAACGUUAGACGUUAGACGACUCUCUGUGUUCGAUCAUCGCUGUCUCCGAAGGAUUGCUGACAUUCAAUGGCAACACCAUGUCAGUAAUUCAGAGGUUCGGCAUCGUGUGUUCGGGCACAGAGAUGAUAAUUCAAUUGGUGUCACCAUCUUGAAACACCGACUUCGGUGGCUUGGACAUGUUCUACGAAUGUCGUCCCAGAGAAUUCCACGUCGUGCAUUAUUUGCCGACUCUGGGACUGGUUGGAAGAAGCGGAGAGGUGGUCAGUGCAUGACAUGGUGUCGUUGCAUGAAAGAAACCUGCAAAGGACUGGCGUGUGUUGGUUCUUCACGACUCCCUGGUUGGGGUCUGAGAGAUGGUGCUACACAGUGGCUAGAGACGUCAUCAGAUAUGGCUCAGAAUAGAAGCCAGUGGCGAUCCUGCUGUAACCUUCUUUUACUUUCUUCAUAAAAAGUGGUUCUGUCUCCCUUACCUGAAAGAUUUCUUCCGAUUGUACCUUUGCGUUCCCUGAUUACUAGCACAUUACCUUACACCAAUCUCUUCGUUAUUGUUCUCUCUUUUUUUUGUUGUUGCGCUCCUUAGCUUUUUUUUCUUUCUUUGUAUUCCUCUCGAAUUUUCGUUGUUUUGUGUGGCGCAUAUAUAUUGGCGCUCUCUUGUACCAAUAUUCAUGUGUCCAAAUAAAUAAAUAAAUAAUCUCAUAACCAAGUCGCUUCAAAUUACCAACUAUGUAGGUUUUAGUGGCUAGAGAAAACCUGAAGUUCAUCGAAUCUAAAAACGAAGAUAUGGUAAUCUGAAUAGUUUUUGUUUACUUUUCAACUUUUAUAAUUUAAUAAGCUUAACAUUCUUUGUUAAUGUGGGAUUUAAUAUACUUCCUGAGAUAUGAAUUGUGGAUAACACUGUCGUAUCCUCAAAGUUACAGUACCAUUAAGAUUUUUCUACUUUGAAUCAAACGGAAUUCGUUUGUCUCUGUCAGUUCCCUGCAAAAUACUUUUGUCACAGUUGAAGGUAGUUACAUGAUUAUGGGAAAUUGUUAUUUUCAAAUAAAUACAUAUAUAUGCCUAAAGGUUGACUGUCUUAAUGCUUCAGUGUUGGUAAUAUUAACUUCACUAUGGUCCUCUUCAGUUUCAUUUUGCUCUUUCAGGAUUCCCUAUGCCGAUGUCAACAUGUCAUGUCGGAUCGGUAGUUACACCAUUGGCUGUCUUAAAUCGACUACCAGGCUGGCUCGGCACGUUGGUUAUCAGCCCUGAUGGAUCAGUUCUGCAGUCAGCUGGUGAAUUAGUGAAUAACAAAGAAUUGGCCCAACAUUUUGCUGCGAUCGCCAACAGAGUUGGUCGUUUAUUAAAUAUGGAAGGUGAAAGAAAAACUCAACAAUUCAAAAGAUUAACUGUACAUUUCGAGCAUUCAAUAUAUAUUAUGACAUGUGUUGGUGAUACCAUCUAUGUAGUAAAACGUCUACCCGAUAAUCAGAAUAUUUCAUACGCAGAGACAUAUCAACAAUUACAUCUUGUCAAAUCGGAUAAUAGUAUGACUAGUAAUAACAAUCCUAUUGAUAUACAUCAUUCUGCUACUGUUAUUAAUAAUACUAACAAUAUAGUUACAAUAGAUAAUCACGGACCUCAUUUUUUUGAAGCACGUGCUCCUGAUGAUUAUUGAAAACGAAUAUAGUACCAUAUUCCCUUUACUUAAUAAUCCUUCCCCUUUUACUUCUCUUUAUCGUAAUAAUAAAUAUAAUGUAAUGAUUGCCAUUAAUACAUGUAGCAAAAUAAUUAUCUAUUGUGUAAAUAAUGUUGCUUCUUUUGUAUCUGCUUAUUUUUUCACUGUGAAAUUUAAGAAUAUACUAGUCUUUUGAUAAUCAGCCUUUUUUUUGAUUCAUCAUAUUCGACAAGAUUAAAACUGUGAUAUAUUGUAACAUUUUAAAGUUCAGGACAUUCAUUUCAUUCUAUUCGAAUCUCGUAAAGUAGUGUGUUUAGUCAUAAAUAUAUUUUUUAAUUCA